ACUAUAUCUUAGACUUGACUACAAUUUUUCACAACUAUUUAAAAAGUAGACCUGCAAUCAGUGUGUGAGGAGAUCUCGACGUCAGUGUCUGCGACGUACGCAUAUGACGUGAGAAGUUUCAGCCGGGCCAAGUUUCACACCCCUCGUGAAAAUGUUGGACACAUCUAAAGUUUCGAUUCUGGACCAGAAUUGUUCUGUGGUGUUGCACGCCGAGUACGGACCUGGGAACAAUGACUGGCAAAACACGACCUUCAAUGAAUCUUCUGUGCUGGACUACGCCGACGAAUUACCAAGCAUCAAUUGCACAAACUUCGAGCACUGGAAAACUGACAAUUCUUGUAACAUCACAGACCAACUUUGCAUCUGCACUCGUCAGUUGUACAUGCACGCGUGCAUUGCUCUAUACCAGACUCAAUAUAUAGAAUACUACACACUUCUGUACAGGGUCAUAGGGACGUUAUUCCAGGGGGUGAUACUUGCCAUCGGAGUGCUUGGAAAUGUGUUGGUGGUGAUCGUUGUAACACGUAACAAGAAUAUGUCGUCACCAACGAACUGUUAUCUCGUUAGCCUGGCGGUUGCUGAUUGUAUAGUUUUAUUAGCCGCAGUACCACAAGAGAUAUUGGGUUAUUACUUGGUUCUUGGUCAAUGGAUACACGGUCAAGUGGGAUGUGCUUGUUUGGUUUUCUUGCAACAUUUAGGCAUCAACGCAAGUUCAUUGAGCCUGACAGCGUUCACAAUUGAGCGGUACAUAGCAAUAUGUCACCCGAUGAAGGCACAGAGUAUGUGCACCGUCGAACGAGCUAAAAGAAUCACCCGCGUGGUAUGGCUGUUUGCUGUUUGUUACUGCGGACCUUGGCUCUUUCUCACCGAAGUGGUUUCUUUCGACCCUGAGCUCAAGUUUGAAGCUCAGGAGUGCACCUACAAACUAUCCAGAGAUCAGUAUUUGUAUUACUAUUUCCUGGACCUGAUAGUUUUCUACGUGGUACCCCUGCUGCUGUCUUGUGUCGUCUACACCCUCAUCGCCAGAAUUCUCUUCAAAUCAUCCAUCAGAGGCAAGACUCACCAAACAUCCAUCGAAACUCACACAAUUGACCAAAAACGACCGAACGCAGCUCGAAUUCAGGUUGACUCUUCGUCAACACUGAAGAUAUUGGCGCUGUGUUCUGACCUCGACAUCAAUUUAGCCCCUUCUCGGAUAACGGAUAAAGUAUUGCCUAUGCUCUUCAUGGAGCAGGUCGAACGAUGA